CUUUACUUCACUUUUCUGUAAACAAGAUGAUAUUUUUGUCACAAAAUUAGAAACGAAGAACAUAUUUUGCUUCUAAAGCAAACUAGUUUAAAAAUUUAAUUUAAUUUCAGUUUAUGCCAUUUCAAGUAUCUCUAUUACUUAGUCUAAUAAAAUGACUGAAGAGAUGACAGAAGUUGAAUUAUCAGACAGAAUAGAUGACAGUGAAACUAAUAAUUUUAUUGUUAUGGAGUCACAAAAAUAUUUAUAUUACUCUGAAAACGAAAAUACUGAAAGUAUUAUACAAGACACAGAAUUGUUAAACACUGAAGACCAAGAGCCUGAGGAAAAGAGACCACAAAAUAAAAGUGAGGUUAUACGUUCAACCAGACUGCCGAUGGCGCGUAUAAAAAAUAUAAUGAAAAUGGAUCCCGACGUGAGUGUAGUAUCUGGCGAUGCGGUAUUCUUAGUUACAAAGGCUACUGAACUAUUCUUGGAGACAAUAGCAAAGGAAACAUAUUCAUACACAGCCUCAAAUAAAAGAAAAUUAAUAUCGAAGAAGGAUUUAGAUUUAAUCAUCAACAAAGUAGACUGCUUGUGUUUCCUAGAAGGUGCAAUGGACUUCUAAAAGUAUCAGUGAUCUGUUACAUAAGGAUGAAGUAUAUGAGGGACUGAACAAUCUAAAUCAAAUAAUCUAAGUAUUGACAUGGUCAUAACUGAUGCAGAAUGAAGUUUUGACAUUGUAUUUAAUAUGUUUGUAUAAAGUCAAGCAAGAUCUCAUCAAUUUCACCCUCCAAACAGCUUGGUUUAUAACUGUUUUGAUUGAAAGGUGAAGCAAUGAAAUUACUGGAUAUGAAGACAUGACAUUAAACUUCUCCAAGAUCACAACAAUUUUUUUUUAUACUAUGAUGGUAGGAAGCAAGCUUACAUCCUAUCUGGUUAUGGUAAAUGGUUACCAUAGCAUAUGGAUGCUUAACAUUUGCCGACCCUUUAUAGUAU